CAUUGUUAUCAUUCAAUAUUUCAGAUCGUUGGUUGGCGUCUGCGUGAGCUUGUGCAUGUUUCUAAAGAAACUCCUGUUGCAUUUGCUAGUUGUAUCGUAAUUUUAUAGUAACAUGAAUAAUUGUAUGAAGCAUAGUGGUUCCUCUCCUUUUAUGUCGGAGACUUGUGUGGUGUGUAUGGACCUUGCUGCCGACGUGGAGCUUCGACCUUGUUCGCAUGCUGUGAUUUGCAGAAAGUGUAUUUCCCUCUUGGAUGAUGAAAAGUGUCCAGUUUGUAGAAGCAAAGUGGAUAAAAUUCGUAUCAGAGGGUUUAGUGAUGUGUACAGUCUGCACGGAAUGAGGUCUCAUCCUCUCAACUGUGAAGAAACCCUAGAGAAACAAGCAGAGUCGUUGCAAGUUGCUCAAGAAAAGGACAGUUUUCCUUUUGAGCUCAACUCAACGUGUAAAAAGAGUUCUUCGAAAGAAAAGUUUUUGGAGAUUGCCAACGAAACCUAUAUAUUUUCGCUUGAAGCUGUCUUGGAAAGAAGAAGAUUUCAUGAAGAAUUCAUCAGAAAGCACACUUAUCAAGUUAUCUUAACGGGUUCAAAGGAUGUCAGUUUUCAUUCUUUUGCAUCCAGUCUUCGAGAACUAUUUCCCGUGAAACAUGAGCCCACCUUUCUAUAUGACAGCUUUCAGUGGAUUCAGCAGUCGCUUGAUUACUGUUUAGAUGCUGGUAUAAGAAGUGCCAAGGAUGAAGAAACUUUGAAGAAUUUGCUUACACUGGAAAAACUAAUAGAUACAUAUUCCUCUGCUGAGUCAUUCCUGCCAAAUGUGGAAGUAGGAGGAUUCCCAGUUCAUCUUGAAGAUUUGUCCAUAUGGGAAUUGCUUUAUAACCUCAGGUGUCAAACCAAUAAUGGAUUCGAUGUUUUAGUUUUGUGUUGUGAUGCACUUUCAAAGCGUUCUUUUGAGGAGCUUCUUUCCUUGGAUGAGUUACUACGCAAACGAUAUGCUCCCCAUGCAACUAGGAUAUGGGCAGUUCUCGGUUAUGAUGAUGUUCAGAUAGCACAUUCAUCGAAUGGAGUACCAAGAGAAGUCAUUGAAAGUGAAUUAGUGCGUAUUCCUGCAAAGCAAAGACCAUCAGAUUUGUUUUUCUUGAGAGAAAAUGCUUUAUUCAAGUUUUGGCAUCGUGAGUUGAUGUCACAAGUCAUUCAUCAUGCACAGAAACAUCGUCAACUUGUCAUGGUUGAUAAUACGGAAGACAUAAAGAAACAAGGCCUUUGCUCCUGUAUGUAGUGUUAGUGAUAGUCUUGAUGUGAUUGUGUAGAUUUGUUUCAGUGGAAGGACUCCAAUUUUUUUCUCAUGAUUGACAUGAGAGACAUAGAUGUUUUGUUUCCUGUUGAACUCCAAAAACCUUGGAAACAAAGUCAUGGUGUUUUCAUGUCUAUGAGAAAAAAUUGUUCCUUUUCUACUUAUGAUAAAUUUGUUGUUUUACUGUGUGUCAAUU